AUGAAGGGCCCUCCCAUCGACCAGCUCGUCCACGAGCACAUGUUCCCCAAACUCCGACCAAACGACCCUCCCAACUUCCAUACUUUCCUGACCCGCCACCUGAUAGGCGAGGUGCGCUCCGAGACCCAGGCCUUCUACGGCCACCUCGACACCCAAGAGGCCAAGUACCCCGGCCUGGACUACAACAAGCACACCCACCGCGUCCGGCUGUCCCGAUACCCCUGGCACCGACGCCUGUUCCGCGCCUUCGACGCCCUGGGCCUGACACCCUCGGAGAUAUCCAACCUGACGCGCUGGGAGGGCACGCGCUGGGCCAAGGAGAAGUACGAGCUCGAGCACGGCGUCCGCAUCCGCGACACCACGGCGGACGGGAUACCGGAGUGGGACGACGAUAUCGGUUGCGCGUUCGGUCCGGAUGAGCACGGCCUACUCCUGCGUCGCCGCGACGGCAUCACUUCCGAACGACGGCAACGGCAGGGACAAGCAGGAGAAGACGACGACGAGGACGGAGACGAAGACGGAGACGGAGAGGAGGAGGAGGAACGACGAGGAGAGGAGGAGGACGGUCUAGAGGACGAGGCUCGCCAGCAGCAGCGGCGACUGUCCACCUUGCUGGCAGCACGGCGGCAGCCACGCCAGCAAGCAGAAGACGACGAAGGGGAGGGAGAGGAAGACCGGGAAGGAGAAGAAGGGGAAGGGGAAGGAGAGGAGGAGGAGGAAGAGGAGGAGGAGGAGGAGGAGGCGAGCGGCGGAGAUUCUGAACUCCAGAGUGUGGGUGUAGAGCUCAAUGCGCGUCUGCGCGCCGGCGUGGCGCGUCGCGAAGCUGGCGACAGCACGGCCGUCCUGGACGAGGAAUGGGAACAGUGGCUCAAGCACGUCGUCGAGACCGGCCUCCUCCGCGAGAACAUGUCGGAGCAGUCGUUCCGCCGCUUCUUCGAGACCACAAUCGUCCCCGCCGGCGUCGUCCCCGCCGAGGUCAUGCGCGCCGCCCGCGCCGGCCUGUGGUCCCGGGUCCCCAACUUCAUGCACAGCCUCCUCCGACGAGUCCUGGUGUCGGAGCACCAGGACCGGCAGCGGCAGCGGCAGCACGCACACGCACAGGCUCAGGCUCAGGCUCAGGCCCAGGCUCAGGCCCAGGCUCAGACCCAGGCCCAGGCUCAGACCCGGGCCCAGGCCCUGGCGCAGCUCCGUCAUCUCCCAUCCGACAUGCUCCCUCCCCCUCCCCGUAUGACACCGUCCACCCCCAUACCAGACUACCUCCUCCACAGCAGCGGCAGCAACGGUCGUCUGCAGCCCAGGCCCACCGCCGGUGCCGUUGCCGCCGCCGCCGUCGCGGCCAUCCGUCGCAACAACGCCGCCACGGCCGCCGCCGCCGCCGCCGCCUCCACCCGGACCACCACCCGGACCACCACCCGGACCACCACCACCCACAUGACGGCCGACGCAUCGGGCUUGUAG